GGCGCGCGGGGUUUGCGCCGUCGCUUCCCCGUGUCCCGACGCGCCGCUCGGGCGGCGUUCGCGUACCGAGCCAUUACUGCUUGAAAUAUGAGCCUCUUAUCUCAGAAUUCUUCAUUUUGAGCUUCUACUGAAAUAGAAGAUGCCCAAAACAGAGCCUCCAGCAGCUUCCAAUGAAACGACAAUCAUGGGCCCUCAUGGAAUCAAUCGAGCUGUUCACCGCAUCUCUUUUUCUGACUGUCAGGAUGGAUUAGGAGUUAAAAUAAUUGGAGGUUACCGGGCGCAAACAGCAGAAGAUUAUGGGAUCUUCAUAAAGAGAAUUCUGCCUGGAGGGGUCGCUGCUGUGGACAGCCGUUUGCUGGCAGGAGAUCUCAUUUUGGAUGUCAAUGGAGAAAACUUAACUGGAGUAACCAAUGAAAGGGCCGUUGACAUCUUGAGAACAGCUUCUGCAUCUAAUCACAUGUCUCUGCUGGUUGCCAGAGAUGAAGAGGCAAAGAAGGAAUUCCUCGACCUGAUGGAUAAGUACGGCUCUCACAGUGACGCCCAUUCUGCAAGAAGUUCUCCAACUCAGCUGUUAGCUGGAAAACCUGUGGACAGCCUUUCUUCUGGAUCAUCCUCGAGGUCACAGAGUCCUCAGUUGCCUCCAGAGGACGUUAUCACCACCGUCAGCAGAAAAGAUUCUGUACCAGCAGCAUCUCCAAAGAUUGCAAAGGGUAGUGCAUUUCAGAUCAUCUCUGUUUGCAAAGGAGCAAACCUUGGUUUGGAUAUUGUUGGAGGAAUUGACAGAAAUGAGGGGCCUUUGGUAUACAUCCAAGGAAUUGUCCCUGGCGGUGACUGUCAUAAGGAUGGACGGCUGCAGCCUGGAGAUCAGCUCGUCUCCAUUAACAAGGAGUCACUGAUUGGCGUGUCCUAUGAAGAGGCAAAAAGUAUCAUUGACAGAGCCAGGACGAGGUUUGAAAGUUGUUGUGAAAUAGCUUUUAUAAGACAAAAAAGUGCUCCCAGUUAUUCAGAGAAUCUGCAGCGUCCCUCCAGCCUCGUCGCGCCUCCUGCAGCCUUUGUUGGACAGCGAGCUGCAGGCCCCGGUGCUGUGGCAUCUCCUCACACAAACCUCGUGUCAGCGCUGCUUCCUAACGCUAUGGAAACUAGAGUCAAAAUGGAAGAGCAGUCUCCAAUUACUUCUGCAGAGAGCAGUCCUCCUGAUGUAUCUGUUCAUGUCAUUGCCCCCAACCACAGCAAUGGUUACAGUCUGCCAGGAAGGAAGGCUUCCUUGAGCUCUGCUAUUCGUCUCAAAGCAGAAAAGCUAGAGAAGGCAUUGAAUUAUCUUGGGAUUCAGCCCUCAGCUGAACAGCAGCAAGCCCUAAGGCAGCAACUUCAGAAAGAUUCCAAAGGAACAGUGUCUUUUGGAGAUUUCAUUGAAGUUUCAAGGAAUCUGUUCUCUGUGCAAUUGGAUGCAACAGAUGGUGGCCAAAAACCUGUAACGUUUGGGAUUGAUGAAAUUGCCAGUUUGUUAGAUUUGCAGUUUGUAACCUGGGAUUCUUUGGAGGAUGACAUGGAAAAGCUUAAGAAGGAAAGAAAUGAAGCUCUAAAAGAAAUGAGCAAAUUAAAGGAAGAAUUAUCAGAAUCUCUGAAUUUACAGAAGCAGUUAACAGAGGAACUACAAGCAGUCAAGCAAGAAGCCAAGGCAGCUGUAGAGGAGACAAGAGCCCUGCGAAGCAGGAUUCAUCUUGCAGAAGCUGCACAGAGACAGGCGCGCGGAAUGGAGAUGGACUACGAAGAAGUGAUUCGCCUGCUGGAAGCUGAAAUCGUGGAGCUGAAGGCUCAGCUCUCUGAUCACUGUGGCCAAAAUAAAGAUAGCAUCCAAGAUUUGAGAAAGAGGGUUACUGUUCUUGACUGUCAGCUGCGGAAAUCGGAGUCGGCUAGGAAGAGCUUUGAGGUGGCUACUGAAAAACUGCUACAGUUCGUUGAGGUUGUGCAUGAAAUGCUUUCCGAAAACUCUCCUUCCUCAGCUGUUCUGAGUGGCAGAAGGACACCAUUGUCUUCUAAAGCACUUCUUGCCCGGCUGGGGAGGAUUGGACCAACUGUUACCACAGCUCUUGCAGCAGAAGCCAGAGACCUUGCCAAGUCUGUCCGUGCCAUUCUGGAAGUAAACUGUCUACCUUAUGGAUGGGAAGAAGCUUAUACAGCAGAUGGAAUCAAAUAUUUUAUCAACCACGUGACACAGACAACAUCGUGGAUCCACCCUGUAACAAGCGCACUAAGCUUGCUCUGCUCUGAGGAUGAUGACGAUGGAAUAAGAGAGCCUCCAGGAUCCAAGAGCCACUGAGGGCACCUGCUGACUGAAAGCAGUUUGAUUUCCAAACAUUAGAGAGGAGAAGCACGCAUUUUAUUCUAACGUUCUCUCAUCGCUGUAGUACCAACACUGUAGUACCCAGUGACACUUCUCCCCAUGAAGUCAGGGGCGUUCUGCUGCCUAUUUACAUGGCUUUAUUUUUAGGUGCCUCAAAAGAUGCUGGCACUGCAGAAGUCUCUCUUAGUCCGUAAGUUCCCCAGCUGUGUAGGGAUCAGUUGUGAAUCUUAGGACCCAAUUCAUGACUUCUGUAGCAGCAUAACUUCACUGACUCAGAGUGAAAUUUUCUAUUUUGACCAGUGUGACAGGCAUUGGAUACGCUUCGUGUUGUAAAUUCCAUCUGAUGGUUUGCUGAAGUGUGCAAGGCCUGCAUUUUUUUAAGACCAAUGCUAAUGAGUGUAAUGCAGAUGGAUGCCUUUUGUGUAGCUACUGAAUAAUCUUAUUUUUAUAGAAUAAAUUCGUGAAUGAGUUUUGCUAACAGAAAUUUGGCAGUUACAAAUUACAAGUAUUGCAGCCCUGAUUACUUUUAAGGUUGGGCUUUAGGAAAAUGAAUCUUUGAUAGGAUGUCAAACAAAAAGAAGCAGUUUUGGGAGAAGACACCGUACUCGAUAACAAUAUGUGGCAAGAAAGAAAAUUAUUCUACUUCUGUACUCUGCUAAACUGGUGCAUACAUGCAUCAGAUACUUCAGUAGAAGCUGUGAAGUUUCAAGUACAAUGAAACCUGUGAAACCACCUCCAGGAUCAGCAGAAAUCAGUCACCUCCUCAAAAAUGGUCUUCAAGGAGAACAGAAUCAUUUUGUAAACACUGGUGAUGAUUUAAAGAGGAUAAAGAAAAUGACGGGGUGCUACUGCAAUCUAAGUAAACAGAUUUUGCUGCACCUCAAUAGCACAGGAUAUUUUAAAUCUCAUUAUUCACAACACAACAUGUGAUGCUACCUUUACAAACAUGAUUCAAUGCUAUAUUUUUCUAGAGACUCUGUGUAUGUAUUUUAUAUAUAUAUGUAUAUGGUAGGUGUUGACUAAUAAAUGAAAGAAGGAUCUGAAACACUGCAGAAGCACUGAUGGAUCUCCCAAAAGAAAACCCUAUUACUAAACUUCAGGCCAAGGAGAACAGUACUGUAACAGUGUGAGGAAGGCACAGGCUGCAACCUGCAUUUUUCUGAGGCACACACUUAGGACUUCUAAACCUCUCUGAAAUGGCUGGGGACCCUUCUCCACUCCAGCUCCCCUCUGCUGGCCCAUACAAAGAAACUAGGACUUGCGGUCACAUUUUUUGGAGAUCUGUCUCCAGCAGAUGUGGUAUUAAAAAUCCAAGCAUCUAGAAGAAUGUACCAGGGAUGCUCCAAAAGCAAUGCCUCCUGUUGUAUGAUGUUGGCCCAUGAUGUCAGAGGCAGAUGUUGGCGGUAUGGCAGUAGAGGUUGAACCAUUCUGCCAAUAUUCCAUUCUGUUUUGUUGUCCAGGUAGAAAAAAUUUUUUGCAGCAGAGUCAGCUGUGCAGGUGCAGAUUUUUACAAGUGCAACAUGCAAGCUCCUAUUCACUGCUGGCAAAAAUGUAUAGCUCCCAGUGAUGCCUAUGCUGAAAAAUACUGUUUUGUAGCUGAGAAUUUGUUGUCAAAUAGUACUAUUGUAUUGCUCACUGUAUUUGUUGUGUUUUCCAUGGAAAUAAAUAGGAAGCAUUACUUUCAGAGCAAGCUAGGUGUAUAAAGCUCAGACUUCCUCCUA